AUGCUUCCCUCUUCCAAAUCCAUAUCCCAACUUAACAGUAUUUAUGGAUAUCCCAAUGCUUCCCUCUGUCAAACCCUCAUCCCAAUUUGCUUGGGCCCUUCUCAUCUUGCUCUUCCAAAUUGGUUUAUCGUCCUAGUCUUCACUAUUACCACCUCUCGUGCUCCCAGAGUUUCGACGACGACGACGGCAGACGACCAAUUAUCCUCAGCCACCCAUCCGCAGCAGCAGCAACGACAACAGAUUACUCGACAGCUGCUUGCUCCUCCUCCUCCUGAUCAGCAUCCUGAUGUUGUUGACCAAGCGCAAUGUGAAUACGGGAGGGUUUACGUAUACGCCGACCUUCCUCCAAUUUUCAACAAGAAACUGCUGGAAAACUGCAUUAUAGACUCUCGUAAAUCCCAAUGCGAGGCGCUGUCCGACGGUGGAUUUGGGCCGGAAGCCACCACCGUUCUCGCCGGCAUUGUCCCGCCUGAGCUUGCUCGUGCUUGGUACCGGACCCAGAUGUUAGCGAGCGAACUUAUAUUUCACAGUCGAAUUCUCAACUACAAGUGUAGAACCAUGGAGCCGGAAUCCGCUAAGGCAUUCUACGUCCCAUUUUAUGCUGGACUAGCGGCCUCCAACAUUUUAUUCAGUGGCUACACUGCCAAAGAACGAGAUGCACCCUUCUACACUUUCCUCGAAUGGAUCAAGAACCAGCAUUAUUGGACGAGAUCCAACGGUUCUGAUCAUUUCCUUACUGUGGGUCGAACUUCAUGGGACUUGAAAGUUGAAACGGCUAUAGAUUGUGCCAAGACAGCUUGCUUGGACAGCUCUACAGCGGCUCUUGAAAUAUUUCUGAGCUCAGACUUCUGUUUGCAGCCCAGAGGUGACUCGCAUACGAGGAGGUCCACGAAUCGGGUAAGGAAUGGGACUUCGAUAAGGAAAGUAUUGGAGGGAUAUAGUGGAGAAGCUAUCAAGAGGAUGAGGAACACGGUAAUUAACAUGAUUCCAAGGAUUUCGUACAGCUUUUCUGGAGGAAGAACUGGCAAUCUCAAAGAUGCGUUUGAUAUAGCUGUGGAGGAAAUGCUAAGAAGAAUAGUUUCAAAUAAGCCAAGCCCUAAGGGACCAUCAUCAUGA